AUGUCAUAUUUAAAGAGAGAAUUAAGUAAGAGGCGGAGCAUGAGGGUAACUAAAAAUACUUUCUACUAACAACAUUUUUGAUGACGUUUCAGGACUUUGGUAGAUCAGAUCUCUUUUCUUUUAAUCUGCCCAUCUAACUCUAUAAUCUCCUUUUGUUGUAAUACGUAAGGCAAAGGACGGAAAACACAAGAAUCUUAUAUCAGUUUUAAACAUUAACGUCAGUUACGACAAUUUUCAAAGUAUUUGAACAGUCUUUCCAAGACUUUUUAGUUUUUUCAGGGAUCGCAUGAAGAACUAAUGGUUCCCAAAAAUGAACAUGGAGCUAAAGCUGUAGCUGUUAAAGGUCAGCACAAAGUUGUAUAAAACUAAACAUUAAACGUUUUGAGCACCACUCCUUGCGAUAAACAGUUGUGCAGAAUUUUGAGUAAUCUAUGCAGCCAGGGUUUCAUUGUAAGUGUAUGUUAAUUGGGUUAUAUUCUUCUGUCUACUUUCAAUUUCUACCUUACUUUUGCUAAUCGUGGCUUAGUUAAUUACAUCAAUCAAGAUCUCUACACAUUUCGUUGCAAAGUGGAUACCGGCAUUAUGGAGAGCGACCUCUAAUCAGUUGGCAGAGAUAACAAAAUGCGGAGACCAUUUCUCUGCCCCGCCUUUUCCGGCCACAUUUUUUUCUACAAGGUGAGGGGAAAUGGUUACUGCCGCAAUAGUUAUCUUGGUCGAUUACAAUUACAAGAAAACAAAGAGGAAGCGCUUUCUCUCAUCGGUGUACUGUCGGUUUAGCAAAUCCCAAUCAGCAUGUACAACAGAGUAAUCAAGUACAAGUCAUGAGCACUUGAAUUUAAAUUAAUACAAGAACAGAAAGCAAGGCUCAUCCUUGAUAACAAUAAUUGUGUUUAUACUUUUCCUUUAAGCUCGAGAAGAACAAAUCAUUGAUCUAAACCAAAAGCUGAUAACAAGUGCUACAGCCGGAGACUUCGAAACCUACUGGUAUUUUUUUAGUAAUAUUUAUAGAAUUACUUGCUGUUUUAACGUUAAGCGAUGGCGAGAGAGGAUCUAGUGACAGAAUUAACUGGUCACUUUAACAUUAGUACAGGACGUACAUUUUUCUCUUUCUCUGACAAAGUCAACGAAAACCAACCUCGGAACGUAUCACAAUCAGAUUUGCGACUUGUAAAAUAGAUCUCUUUUUUUAACUUCUAGCUAGUCAGUAAAUAGUAAAAUAGUAAGGAAGAUAACAUUUCUUGCACUAAAGGAAAUUUAAAGGCGUACAAUUAAACAGUGAGUGAGUGAGUGAGCCAUUUGAUUUCUGUCGUUGCAAACCUCCGGCUCAUUUUUAUUGUUUUCAGUAACCUAGUGGAUCCACAAGUUACAUCGUUUGAACCAGUAUCUCGAGGCAAUUUGGUUGAAGGGCUGCAGUUUCACAAGUUCUAUUUUGAUAACGGUAAGCGACCUGAAAAUAGCGCAAAUUCUAUAGCGCCAUAAGUCGUUACUAAGGUGAACACUACUGUAAAGGACGUGGCAUCGUUGACGCCCUUGUAUUAUCAAGAGAAGCUCAAUCGUGUGUCUGACCACCUUAAAUCACGGUAAAUGUUAGGGUAUCAUCCACUGUAAAAAUUCAUGACUCGAAAAAACUUGUAAUUUUCAGGGCCGAGUUGUUCAAAGCUGGGUUAAAAUAACCCAGCGUUAGUGCGAAAUUUGAAUUCAGAUUUGAAAGGUUAAAAAGCAAACUCAUUUUAAUAUAAUUCUUUGUGUCUACAACAUGAUAUUUGGAUGAUCUUAAAAGAAUAGAAAAAAUUAUCCCAGAAAAUGCUUUCCAAUAAAAGAAAAAGAAUCCUGUAUUAAAAGUUAACCUCAGGUUAGCGCUAAUCGCCCUUUGAACAACUUGGCCCAGAUGAUUAGAUAGAGCUCGAUGAGAACUUAUAAUCCAGAACACAGAAGAAGCAGAUUUAGCCUUGAACAGUAGCUACUUUAUUCUUCGCUGGCAGGGAGCAUAACCUGGUCUAAAAUGGAACACUGCUGAGGAGACUCAGUUUCGCCCCGUGUAAGGUAAUCCGACGGAUUCAGGAAUCCUGGAAUUUUUUGUUUGAUCGAGGAAUAUGGAAUUCUGGGAUUUGGAAUCCGUACUAACAAGAUAGAAUUCUCUCUUGGGUACUAUCGAUUGGAAUCCGGAAUGUAAGUUCAACUCCCCCAGUACUGACAAGGAAUCCGGAUUGAUCCAGUACCUGGAAUUUUGUAGUAUGUCUGAUUGCGGGUUUAAAGGUGAUGUUACACGGAACUGUUCGCAACGACGAUUUUUAGCGCAACACAGCAUUACAACAUUGUUCCAGCACUGAAACGCUGUGUUGCGCUGAAAAUCUUCGUUGCGAAUCGUCCCGAGUAGCAUCUCCUUAAAGGAUAUAAUAGUCAUAAGGGAAGGAGAAUUACGAAACAUAUUGGGGUUGGGGGCGAAGUACAUAAAAAGUAUUUGUGCCAGGAAAAACUAAAUGAAAAAAAAAAAAUUCCAGCACGUCCUAUUUCACGGUUCAGGUAAAAUCACUCUAAGAGUUAAUUUAGGAUAAUCAAUUAGAGCAAAGUUAGCGAUAACACUCCUAAGCAGAUGUUACAGUAAAUUUGCAUCGCGCAAACUUUUUACCGUUUGUCAUAAUUAGUUUAUGUUUAUUUUUACAGUUCUAAGUAAAAGAGCAACCCCAAUAAACUGGACAAUUCUGUCACCACGUGUUCACAUGCUGGGAGACGAUGCUGCGUGCAUUUGCUAUGUCCGACUUCAGCAGUUCAUCAACAGGUAA